GCUGGAGGAGGCGGCUCUAAGGCUGCGAAGGUGCGAGCAGGAAAGGAGCCGGCUGUAAACACAGGUUCAUUUUGCAAUGGCUGAGGCGUUUGGGUAACACUGGCUGUCGGGCGUCUUGCUGCCGCUUUGAGGCUCGAAGAUGCUGUUGGAGCUCUUCCAGAGGGUGAGGAAGGUCCUGCUCACGCCAGCGCGGUUCCUCCCGGCGGGGAGCGGAGCGCUGCAGCUCCGGGCCCGCCCUCCGAGCUCCUCGGGGUGGUGCCGGCGGCGUCGGGAUGGCGGGCCGGGAGCGGGGAUGCUGCUGCCGCCGCUGCUGCCGCUCCUGCUGCCGCUCCUGCUGCUGCCGCCGGCGCUGGCCCAGGGACACCGACCGGCGGUGCUGCGGCUGGGGCUCCGGGACAGCCCCCGAGCGGAGGUGAGCCCGGCUUUCCUCUCCCUCACCCUGGAUGCCAGCCUCGCCCGGGACCCGCGCUAUGUCGCCUUGCUCAGCAAUUCCAAGCUGCGUGCCCUGGCAGCGGCCCUGUCCCCAGGUUUCCUGAGGUUUGGUGGCACUGAGACAGACUUUCUUAUCUUUGAUCCCAACAAGGAUUCAACCUCAGAAGAAAAAAUCCUCUGGGAAUUUCAGGCACAGCAAGAGGCUUGUGGCUCGAGGCCUGCAUUUGCUGCUGUUGAGAAGAUGCUGCUGGCCCAAUGGCCCAGCCAGGAGAAGCUGAUUCUUGCCGAACAGAACCGGAAAAAGCACAAAAACACCACCAUUACAAAAAAUACACUGGAUAUUCUCUACAGCUUUGCAAACUGCUCAGGGUUUCACCUGAUCUUUGGACUCAAUGCCUUGCUGCGGAAAGGUGGCUUGCAGUGGGACAGCUCAAAUGCCCAGGCACUGCUGGACUACUGUGCUUCCCAGAGGUACAACAUCUCCUGGGAACUUGGGAAUGAGCCCAACAGCUUCAGGAAGAAAUCUGGCAUCCACAUUGAUGGCUUCCAGCUGGGGCAAGAUUUCAUCCACUUACGCCAACUGCUGAAUAACUAUGCCCUCUAUCAGCAUGCCAAGCUCUACGGCCCUGACGUUGGGCAGCCCCGAAAGCACACACGGAGACUGCUCAGAAGCUUCCUGAAAUCGGGAGGGAAGGUGAUCGACUCUGUCACAUGGCACCAUUACUAUGUGAAUGGACAGAGUGCAACAAGGGGGGAUUUCUUGAGCCCUGAAGUGUUGGACUCCUUUGCCACAGCCAUAUAUGAAGUCCUGGAGAUUGUUGGUCAGACUGUGCCGGACAAGAAGGUGUGGCUGGGAGAGACGAGCUCUGCCUAUGGAGGAGGAGCUCCCAGAUUGUCUAACACCUAUGUUGCUGGUUUUAUGUGGUUGGACAAACUCGGGCUUUCAGCCAGGCAGGGGAUUGAUGUGGUCAUGAGACAGGUUUUCUUCGGGGCAGGGACCUAUCACCUAGUGGACGCCAACUUUGAGCCUUUGCCGGACUACUGGCUCUCACUGCUCUACAAGAAGCUGGUGGGUACCAAGGUGCUGCAGGUCAGCCUGGCCGGAGCCAACAAGACGAAGCUCCGUGUCUACCUCCACUGCACAAGCAGCCUCAACCCAAAGUACAGAGAAGGGGAUGUGACACUGUUUGCUUUAAACCUCUACAACGUCACCCAUCAUUUGGAGCUACCAGAUUACCUAUCGAGCAAGCAUGUGGAUCAGUACCUCUUACUUCCUCAUGGCAAAGAGAAUAUUCUUUCCAGGUCCAUUGAGCUGAACGGCCGCGUGCUGCGGAUGCUGGAUGAUGAAACACUGCCAGAGCUUGUGGAAAAGCCCCUUGGUCCUGGCAGACUGCUUGGCCUUCCACCCUUCUCCUACGGCUUUUAUGUUAUCAAAAAUGCCAAAGCUAUUGCUUGCAUUUAAGUGGUCAACACACACACUCAGGAUAAAUGUAAAGCAUUUGCCUAGUAGGAAAUUCUAAUCCUAGAAAUUCACAUUUCUGCCACGGGAUUUAAUUCUGGUAAAGGAAGCAAAUGUUGCAGCACUAGCACAGCUGUUAGCUGGGGAAGACUAAGGUCCCACUGGGUAACUGGUACAAGGAAGAUUCCAGGAGAAUUAUCCAGGUAGAAUAAGACCAGGCAGGUGCUGGUUUAUCUCUUGAUCUAGCCUGUCACUGUGCUUGAGCGUGGAACCCUUCUCCACACCACGCAGAGAGCUUCUCACACUACCUGGGGCUCUGCCUACCCAGGCACUGCAACCUCCCCUCUCCCUCUCCUUUUGGCAAGCACAGCUCCUAAAGCAGUUUCUCCAAAAGCUUGCCUUCAGGAAGGAUAAGCAGAGUUUUUAUUUGAGCUGUACAGCUGUGACCUCGCACUGUGUGGGGAAGCCUGAGAGAGGGCUGUGGUUGCUGAGGGUGUCUUGGGCUGGAAAUUCUGGACACACAAAGCAAACCAAGGUCAGGGUGCUUGCAGGGGCAAAGGCCUUGCAGAGAAACCAGUUCCUCUAUUAGAUUUGGGGAGACAACACACAUUUUUCUCAAGCUAGGAUUGUUCAGUCACAAGAUGAAGCUGUGGCUCUGUGCUUUCCAAAGGCAAGUUGUUGAUGCAGGAAAUGCAGGCUGCUCCUGUAGGGUGGUCAAACUCUGCCAUCACACACUUCUUCCCUGCACGAAAAGGAGAGGAGCCCAGCAGGCCCUGGCAAUAACCCUCUGUGCUCAGGAGGCUGCACAGUGAGUGCUCAUGACCCUUCAGCCUGCACCACUCUGCAGGCAGUUGAGCUGGAAAGGACUUUCCUGAACCUGUGCACAGGUAAAGCUCUCAAGCUCUCUCUGCUUUACACUCCCUGAUGCACCCAGGUCUCUCUUGUCUUGGGGAAAUGGGAUAGGAGAGACGCUGAGGAAACCACUCACCCCUCAACCACCAGAGUUGCUAUAGAGCAUCCUGGGGACAGAAGUGCCCAGUCAGGCUGACAUCCUUCUUACUGGAAAAACAGCAAUUUUGGACAGAAAUCAGUGUUGGUGGUGGCUUUUCUCCCCAGCUGAGCCUUCCCCAUGCACACCCUGUUGCAGUUGGCUGUGCCAGGAAUAGUUCCCUGUGGCACACAGGCUGCUGGUCCUUAGGGCAACAGAAAGCCUAGGACAGUAGCUGGGGCCUUCUGCAUAUAUUUAUUUGCAUCUACUUUUCUUGAAGGUAUGUAGCCCACACCACUCUCAAUGCCUUAUAUUUAUGAGCACAGCAGGGAAGAACUACCCCACACUACUGUACCUCCCUUUUUAAGCUUUAAAAAGAUGCUACUAGUUACAUGGGGUUUAAUGUAGGGCAGGAAACCUUUUUUAAUGAGAUGACUUUCAAAACUGAUGUACUUUCGUAGCUGUGAUGGAAACCUGCACACUGAAAAGGUUAUACUUGAGUUCAGUGUGUCAAAGGAGUGUGUGCAUCCAUGGAGCAGAUGCAUUUUGUGAAGGGUUAUGUAUCAGAGGAUAACAUAGAUCAGAAACAAGGAAGGGUGAGUUUGUUUACAUUGUCUAAGUUCAAUAACAGAAGGAAAGAGAGUGUAAGAUGGAAAGUCUUACAUACAGUCAACAUGAAGUUAAUAAUAUAUUAUUAUUAUUAUUGUAAAAAUGUAAGUUCCAACCAAAACAUCAAAGUUAUCAUUUGCCUGGUAGCUUCUUUUUAGGACUUUUCUAAAUAUUUUGUUUAUUCCAAUGCUUGUGAGUUUUGUA